AUGACAAAUCCGAAAAAAGAACUUCAUGUUGCAUGUAAUUAUUUAUUACGAUUAAUGAAAGCACAUGUUCAAUUGUCCAAUGAACAAAUCAAUCUUUUUAAACGUUCCUUUCAUGAUAUUUUAUCGAAACGAUUUGUUGAUCAUUGGUUUCCAGCCACUCCACAUCGUGGUAGUGCUUAUCGAUGUCUACAAACGAAACACUGGAAAGAUACGGUAUUAAGAUCAAUUGCCGAACGUUCUUGCUUACCACUUCACCGUUAUCUACCAGCCGUAUUCACCAUGUGGAUUGAUCCAGGUGAGGUAGCCGUUUGCUUUGGUGACGAAGGUACAUGGUGUCCACUGUAUAAACAUGGCAGCGAUGGUCAGGUACAUCAAGAAUAUAGCGAUGGAGAAGAAACAGCUUCGUCAUUGUCCUCCGAUGAUGAUUUGCAUAGUUUAACACAGAAUGUCAAAGCACUGAACGUGAAUGAUGCACAUAUACCAACAAAAACUACUAUUGAUCCAACAACUAGUCGUUCUUCAUCAUCAUUAGCGAGUAGUAGUCGAACAUCAAGUCCUUUUUUUAAUACGGGGUUGAUCAAUACGCCAUCAAUGAAUGAUUACAAUUCUUCAGGAAUAUGCUUGUACUUACGAAAUUUCUCUCGACAAUGUAACAUCAUGCCCCAGGAAUCCAUUGAUGGUCCGUCGUCAACUGCUGUCCUAACUCCAGCAGCGUCGGCGUGUCCUUGGAAGAAAACAACGAUUGUUCCAACGUGCACAUCGUUUCGAGAACUUAUGGAUAGUGAUUUAGCUGAAAAAUUACAACGAGAAGAAGAUGAAAAAUACGCUCACGAUAUGAGUCAAUAUCCCAAAACACCAGUUCAAUCAGAAGUAUCGAUUUCAACUGAGUUUGAAACUGAAAACGAAUUUGUGGUUACACCUGAAGCAGACUCCAAUGCUGAUAGUGAUUAUCUUGUCGCUUUAAUGCUUCAACAGGAGUAUACUAAUGAAUUUAAUGGAAUGAUGAAGAAUUAUGAAUCAGCUAUCAAUCGAAAUAGUAAAGUCAAACUCUCAAUGAAAAAUUUCAUGCUAUUACCAGCAGCAUCUACGAAACAAUCAGCUGUAGAUGACGAUUAUGAGGAUACUUUCGAAGACCAAAAAGAAGCUUAUAGUGAUUGUGAAAAAGAUCAACCAAUGCCAUCAUUCAAUCGUCGAGGUACAAGUGGUAAAGGUGCAACAUUAGUGACCAAACAUAAUGCUACAUUAUGUGGUAAACGAAAUGUCGCGCGUGUUAUGAAUACCUUUCCUCCUGAAUUCGACACCGGAAAUGUUUUAAAUGAUAUGCAACUAUCAAAUCGUGUUUAUAAUCAACUUAAACUUCAUUCAUAUGCCGAGGAGAAACGUAUGAAUCGUUUACAUGACAAAGUAGAAAAGGCAACAGCGAGUUUAGCAUUCGAUCCCAAGACUCGUAUUAUCUUGUACAAAUCUUUGAACUCAUGUAUUCUCGAUGAAAUCGGUUCGAUUAUUGCCACUGGAAAAGAAUCGAUUGUGCUAUAUGGUAAAGGUGGAAACAAUGAACAACAUCCAAUGCCACCUGAAGUUGCAGUUAAAAUUUUCAAAACAACUUUAAAUGAAUAUCACACACGAGAAAAAUACCUACGUGAAGAUUUUCGAUUUAAGAACCGUUACAAAAGUCUCAACCCACGAAAAAUCGUCAAAUUAUGGGCGGAGAAGGAAAUGUUCAACUUACAACGUCUUCAACGUGCUGGAAUUCCAUGUCCAACCCCUGUAUUGCUUAAAAAACACGUUCUAUUUCUCUCAUUUAUCGGCAAAGAUACUGUUCCCGCUCAACGUCUGCGCGAUGCUGUUCUCAAACCAGAAGAACUUGCUAGCGCAUACAAACAAUGUCUAAACCUGUUAAAAUCAAUCUACCACGAUUGCAAAUUAAUUCAUGCCGAUUUCAGCGAAUAUAAUCUAUUAUGGUUCGAUGGUACAGUUUAUGUUAUCGAUGUUGCUCAGUCCGUUGAACCUUAUCAUCCAAAUGCUUACGUAUAUCUACUUCGUGAUUGUACGAAUGUAUCAACGUAUUUCAGUCGACGAUCACUGAACGAACAUGUUCUAACACCUGAGGAGACAUUUAACCAUGUUACUGGAUUAGGGUUUAAACAAUCAGGACAAGAGUUUCUCAAUGAAGUUCAAACAUAUGAAAAGAAUAUCCGUUUACAAAGUGAAGCAGCGAAGGAAAAGGACAAUUUUGCAUUCAAUUAUUUCUUCAAUCAAACGCGAAAACUAACUGCCGAUGAUUCGUCAUCCGAAGACGAAGAUGACGGUGAUGACGACGAUGAAGAUUAUAAUGAUCUACCUACAGAUGAUGAAGAUGCAAUGUUAUCGAAAAGUCUACCAUCGAAACCAAUCAAGUCACCAGUACAAAAAGCAAAACCUACAAAGCAUUCACCAUGA